AAACGCUCCCAAAAAAUAAUCACAACAUAUGUAGUUUUUUGUAAUGAAAAAAUAGUGUGGUUUCAAACGAAAAAGAAGAUAAUAUUAUCUUGGGUUUUCAUUCCUGCAAGACAAUAUAUUUAUAUUUUCGUUUAAGAAUUUCACCAUUUCAAUUUAAACAAAAUGAAGAAAUGAGUAUGAGAAAUCUUUGAAUCAUGCAAAUAAUUCAAUGUUUAGGAAGGCUGUGUCUAAGCAUCCAGAAUCCUGGACAAAUAGACCAGCCGUCUCGGAACGGCUAAUGCACCUCUUGCUCUUUUCCAUAGAAAAGCUCUCGACUUUUUUAUGAAACUGAGUCGUAUUUCUCUUCGAAAUCUUGGACUAUGGCCUGACCCAGAAUGCCGAAACGAACGAUUAGCACAAUUCCUCUCUACUUUCGCAAUAUCUGUUGUCUUUUUCACUGUAAUAUUAACGCAAGAUAUAGAGCUGUUUUUAAAUUGGGGUGAUUUAAACAUCAUAAGUGAUAUUCUCAGUAUCAACUUGCCUGUUUUAGUCUCUCUGACAAAGAUGAUCCUUUUCCGAUGCUACAGAAAAAAAAUGCAGAAGCUUCUCACUUUUAUUAUCAAAGACUGGGAUAACAAAACAUCGAAGGAAUAUAAUAUAAUGAUAGAGUAUAGUCAAUUUGGAAAAAAAAUAACGACUAUUUUAAUUGGAUUUGCUUUUGCUACCACCAUCUCUCGUUUGGUUCAAGGAAUUUAUUUAAAUAUCGACGUGUGGGGAAAAACCGAUUUAAAUGCAACUCGCUUUUUAUUUUUAAAUAGCUACAUCCCUUACGAGUGGAAUUAUAGUCCUAUUUUUGAAAUAACUUACUUUAUGGAGUGGCUAGGUGGGACUAUGAGUUUUAGACUUGCGGAAGCUGUAUAUAAUAGCGAUUGGUAUUAUCUGCCACCUCGGGGAAUAAAAAAUCUUCUUCUCAUUAUCCAAAACAGUAGAAAACCCGUAAAAAUAACAGCGGGUAAAAUUUGGGUGCUCGAUUUACAACUGUUCGCACAAAUUUUGAAGACAUCCGUGGGAUACCUGUCUGUAAUACUAACAAUUAGAAAUGCUUAG